AUGAAAAAUAAAGCAAGUGACGCGAAAAAUAAAGUAAUUGAAUUUAAUGAUGUGGCCAAAAGACAAAAGGAUAAAGCUACAAAGUAUCCUGAUCUUAGUGCAAUUGAUGUUGAGUCUGAGUCAGAAGAUGAAUUAUUACUACAAAACAAGUAUUAUUCCUUAUAUUCAAGAUCCACCAGAAAACCUUACUUUUGA